CCGUGUGCUCUCCCAGAGCAGGUCAAUGUGUGGAGAAGCCUCAUCAGGGCUGAGCCAGUGUGGGCUCCAUAGAAGCACACGGAUGCAACGCUGAGACUGACCGAGAGUCAUGUGGACCACUUUGCCCAUUUAUGGGAUCUUACUUGGAGUUUCUGUGGCCUCUGUUCUGAGUGAGAAAAUUACUGUGUGCCAAGAGGGCGACAAUGACCUUCGUGUGGACUGUCAAGUUGAUCCCGCUCCUAACCCCAUGCGUGUGGAGUACGAGUUCUCCAUGGCCAGAGGGGGCAAGGAGACCAUUAUAAACACCAAUGUCUCUGGCAUCAUGGCGGACGACAAAUUCAGACGUGACAAGGCAUACGCUGAGUUUCUGGAUGAAGACGUCAUCCGGCUUAUAAUCACAGAUUUCACUCUGUCAGAAAACACAACAUUCAUGUGCAAACUAUCAGGAAAUUUGGAAUCUGUUUUUGUUGAACCUGAUCAGCUAGUGCCAUGCUCUGCCAUCAGUGUGUUUUUGCACUAUAGUCCUCUGAUGCUUUCUCUGCUGUUCUCCCUCUACUUGCUUCUGCCCUCGUGGCUGGUGGCCAACUGAAACCUCUGAAUGGAUCCACAGCUCACUAGGAAUAGGACCAUACUGGAUAACAGUAGUCUCUUAGGUUAAUCACUACUGGGAUUAUGCAUAUAAUUACU